AUGUCUGCAAGUACUGAGAGCCUAUUAAAGAGCUUUUGUACUUACGUGUAUUAUGCUGGGAAUGGAAAUUUUUGGUUUGAAAAUGUUCACCAGGAAUCAAUUGGUUAUAAAAUAUAUAGUUUAAUUUCUUUUACUAUAUACAUAACGAUGAUUCUCCUGGAGAACAUGGCGGCUGUUUUCGGCAAUUUUCCAGAGGUUGAGAAAAAGUCAGCUAUAAUGUUUUCUGCUAUACACGAUAUUAUUAUUAUCAAGAUGUUUUCAAUGUUUUACUAUAAGAACUCUAUAAAGAUGUUAAACUAUGAAAUGUCUUUCGUAAUGAAAGAUAUAGAAGAAGAGAGUAUUAUGAAAAAACAGAAGAGGAAAGUGCUGUGGGGCAUUACGUUCUACGUCAUAACGGUUUAUCUGUCACUUACAGCUUAUGGGGUGGAAAGUUUAAGGAAAGUGUUUGUCGAAGGAACUCCUUUCUACACGGUCGUCACUUACUUUCCGACCUAUUACGAGGACUCUCUCGCAGCGAGCGUGUUUCGAGUAUUCUUCUAUGUCACCUGGCUGUACAUGAUGCUGCCCAUGAUCGCAGCUGACUGUAUGCCCAUAAUUCACGUCAUUAUUGUAACCUAUAAAUUUAUGACUUUAUGCCAUUAUUUUGAGAAAAUAAGGAUGAACUUCGAAAGGAAUCUUUUAGUCAUGAGUAAUAAAAAUGCUACUAAAAUAUUAAAAGAAGGAUGCAUAGAGGGCAUUAAAAUACAUCAAAAACUUCAGUUUAUAGUGAAAGAAAUACAUCGCGUAUUUGGUAUCAUCAUGUCGCUACAAGUUUGCGAAAGUUCUGCAGUUGCUGUUUUGCUUUUGCUCCGGCUGGCGCUUUCUUCUCAUCUAAAUUUGACGAAUGCUUUUAUGACCUACACUUUUGUGGGCUCCCUGUUCUUUUUAUUAGCAUUGAAUCUUUGGAACGCGGGAGAAAUCACUUAUCAGGCAUCGCUACUGUCGAAUUCGAUGUUCUUUUGCGGCUGGCACUUGUGUGAUAUGGAUAAGCAGUCACACAAAGACAUAAGGCGCGUCGUUCUCGUCGGAUGUGCGCAAGCGCAGAAACCGUUAAUACUGAAAGCCUUUGGAAUUCAAGAUCUAUCUUACACUACUUUUGUAUCAGUGGCAAGAAUGACAUAUUCGAUUUUCGCAGUGUUCUACCAGCGUCGGGAGUGACGACAGUGUUAUUGGAAAAAUACAAGUUACUAAUGAUU